UUGAAGUGAAGUGCUGCAACAAAAAGGGAAUCGUUCUAACAUCUUGGGACUAUUCUGUUUACAUGUCAUAAUGCUGUUGGAUGGUCAGUGGCCUCUUUGUCAGCAGAGAAAAGCAGACACAUGGAUUUCUAAUGUAGACAGCCAAGGGAAGUACUUAUUCUGAUGGAGUGAUACGCAAAACAGGAGAGAGGAGCAUAUGGGCAUAUGCACGGAGUGAUUGCUGGUGGUCUCACAUUUACAACACCUGGACAGACAAAGAAUGGCUAUCCAACUUCCAGAUGUGCAGAUUCAGUUUUGAUUAUCUCUGUGACAUUCUCCAGCCAUGGCUAAAACGCCAAAACACAAGAUUUAGACAGGCUAUACCUGUAGAGAACUGUGUCGCCAUUUGUAUUUGGAGGUUGGCCACCAAUCUGGAGUUUUGGUCAAUCUCUCACCUCUUUGCUGUUGGGAUAUCAACAUGCUGCAUCAUCACUCAAGAGGUUGUAACCGCUAUAAAUUCAGUUUUGUAGCCUAUGUACCUCAAGCAUCCCUCAGCAGCAGAGCUACACCUAAUUGUGCAGGGUUUUCGUGACUGGUGGAGAUUUCCUCAAGUGGCAGGUGCCAUUGAUGGGACGCACAUUACGAUUAGAGCUCCAUCAAAAAACUCAUCCGAUUACUACAACAGAAAGGGGGGCUAUUCCAUUAUUUUGCAGGGUGUGGUAGACCAUAGGAUGAGAUUUUGGGACAUAAAUGUGGGGCGACCAGGCAAGGUACAUAAUGCCCGUGUUUUCUCCCUCUCAUCAUUGUAUGAGCUAGCCAGUGCAGGAACUCUUUUACCUCACUGGAGUGAAGCAUUUGAGGGGGUCAAUGUGCCUCUUCUUCUGUUAGGAGAUUCAGCCUAUCCCUUACUACCAUGGCUGAUGAAACCUUACCCAGAUGGUGGAGGAAUAACACCACAGCAGCUAAAUUUCAAUCACAAACUUAGUCAAGCCCGUAUAACAGUUGAGCGUGCCUUUGGCCAUCUCAAAGGCCGUUGGCGCUGCCUUUUGAAAAUAAAUGACACCCAUAUAACUUUCAUAAGUCGCACAGUGUCUGCUUGCUGUGUGCUACAUAAUUAUUGUGAGUACCACAAUGAGGAAUAUCUUGAGGGAGAUACUGAAGUAGAGGAGGCCGAGAGAGGGGGACAUCAGGAGCAGGUUCCUCGUCAACAGCAGCCGAAAGACAUCAGAGAUGCACUGUGUAGCUAUUUUUCUAAAAUGUAAGUAGACUCCUUUUGAACAGAUGGAGGCAGAAAAAGGCAGCUACUCAUAUACAGUGUGAGGUAACAGACUUAACAGUAUAUUCACAAAUGCGUUCAAAAAACACUGGCUUUUCGGUUAACUAUGUUUGUUUGAAUGGGAUUUUUAUAUAGCACCAAUUCUGAAAUGUUAUUUGAAUUAAGGGCUGUUUUGACCAUUAAUAUUUUCUUCAUUUUAACUUAAUUUUGCAUGUUCAAUAGAUACACCAUAUUCUGAAUGCUGAAUGAAACCAUGUUUGGCUAUAAACAGUGUUUAGAUUUGC